AUGUUAAUCAACAACAGAAUAAUUAACUCGCAGGAUCCAAUGUGGGACACUGGUACACACCAGAAGGGUCCUCGCCAGAAAGGGAAGUCUGUGAGGCCCGUGAGGCAGAAGCCCUCAGAGGAAUCCCUCCCGCUGGCCUCCGUUGUAAGUCUAAGCAGCACUUGGGUAGCCAUAAGGCCUUACAGCUCGGACCAGUGUUCCUAUUCCCAACAGCUCAUUAGAACCACUUGUGAUUGUACCGAAGGGGUCCUUCAAGAGCCUCAAAAACAGGACUACUUCAUGAGCCAACUCGUAGUGACAAGACCUGCCCCUGCAAGUGAGAAGGGAGGCGCUUCCAAAUCAAGCUCCAUUUGUCAAGCCAAAUACCAGAGUCUCUCGCCUCUUGGAGUUUAUGGGCCAAUUUCUCCCAAGAUGUGUGAGCUUGUUGUGCCGCCGCCAGUGGACUCGCCAGCAGCCGAGCAGCUCAGAGUGACAGCGACUCAGCGUCUGGAAGCCCCACUGGGUUGUGAAAUGAAGAAGGCCCUCUGUGUCCCUGAUGCCGCCUGGGCGAGCCCCGGGGCUCCAGAAGCGAGCAUCUCCCAGCUCCUAAAGAGUAGACAUAUAUCCUGCCUUUAAGACAAGACUACAAUUGCAAAUCUGAGAAUAUAAAUUACACUUUCAUCUUU